AUGUUUCUGCUAUCGACGAAGCAUUCCAUCGAUAGUUCCGCGAACAGCAUGUUGAUGCAGUUUGGGCAAUUCGUCUCCCACGACAUAACGAAGAACGCUCUAGCGAACGUGUGCACGUGUCAGAUGGGAUCGCCUCGUUGCGCCAAUGUUCCUCGUCCUCCUACAGAUACCAUGUACAACCCUUCAGUGAAUCCUGGAGUGCUCAACGAGUUCGCAUCCGCUGCUUAUCGUCUUCAUGGAAUGAUUCAGAGUAUCCCACUUCAUUGGCCUAAUAUUGGAGAGGCUUCAUUGCCACCCCAGCUCGCAGUCCUCAGCGAAUCACAAGUUCCUGUCACGGAGCGCUUGUUUGGAGGAUCGGACAUGGCCACAAUCAAUAUCCAG